GUGAGCUAUAUAGAUGUGUGGCGACAGCAUCGAUGGUACGCGUAGAUUAGGAGAUAGCCACCGAUCUAGGUGGCGAGUCUGCCUUGCAGUAGGGAAGCUCAUGCGGUAAAGGUAUGGUGUGAGCGCGUCUCGUCGCGCACGCAACACUGAAGCACACAUUCCCCAAAAGGUCGAGGUAUGAAGCCUUCGGAGCAACACCCUUGCGGCAGGGACAGCCACAUGAACACGAAAUAAGCUUGAAAGAUGAAACACUUGUUUAGGUCCUUGAUUAAUAGCCAGAUGAGGGUGUUGCGAGAAGUUGAAGAAAUGAAACAGAUCAAGGCACAAGCUAAGAUGACCAGAAACCAAGCAGCGGAAGGAGAGCAAGAGAAGCAAGAGUUGACGAGUACAAAUCACCUACCAAUUUUAGCUGUCAUCGUCUUCCCAAAGUAGACAGCGGUCUAAGAAUAAAUCGUGAUGAUAAAAAGCAAGUGUUUCAGUCGUAUCGAGAGAGUGUUCA